AUGGUAACAAUCGGUAAACAGUUAAACCAUUUGCAGAAUAUCAAAGACAAUAUGGUUUAUGGGGCCAAAUAUUUCAUUGUCUCACAGCCAUCGCCUUUUGAGACCAAUCAAGUCGAUGAGGCCAUGGAUUAUGCCUUUCCUAUCGGAUCUAAUAAAGUAUUGGAUUCCAUGAGUAAAAUGGAUUAUUUUUGCAGCUCUUUCUGGCGCUAUAAACGCGAAACUCUCGACACAUUGAACACAGCCUAUGAUUUAAAAUUGUUUAUCAACGAUAUGUGGGACUCGGAGGGCUCGUCUUUGUGCUCGGCGACAUUUGUGAUCUUAGCCAUAGCAUCCACUAUAUUCAUAAGCAUGGAGUCGUAUAAGUGUGGGACCGGAGGGUCCGGUUUAUAUGCGGAACAGGAGUAG